UCCAUCCAUCCAUCCAUACACCUUUUUUAAUCAACAUGCUUUUGUACACUGAUAUCAUCUCUGGCGACGAAUUGUUCUCUGAUGCCUACCCCAUCAAAGUAAUCGAUGACAUUGCUUUCGAAGUUGACUGUGCGAUGAUCACCAUUUCUGAAGGUGAAGUCGAUAUUGGUGCCAACCCUUCUGCCGAAGGUGGUGAUGACGAAGGAGCUGAUUCUAGCUCUCAAACUGUCAACAACGUCGUCUACUCUUUCCGUUUGACCGAAACCUCUUUCGACAAGAAGUCUUACAUGUCCUAUAUCAAGGGUUAUAUGAAGGCUAUCAAGGCUAAGCUCCAAGAAUCCGAUCCUUCGCGUGUUCCCACUUUCGAAGCCAAGGCCGCCACUUUGGUCAAGAAGAUCUUGGGUAACUUCAAAGAUUAUGAAUUCUACAUUGGUGAAAGCAUGGAUCCCGAAGGUAUGGUCGCUUUGUUGAACUACCGUGAAGAUGGUAUCACUCCUUACUUCACCUUCUUCAAGGAUGGUCUUAAGGAAGUGAAGCUUGUAAGUAUUUAUUUGAAUAGUUGUGAUAAUACCUGAUGUACUUAUUCUAUUGUGUCUAUUUUUGUAGUAAAUUACAUGCGUGUCACUUUC